CAGCCUGGGCCAGAGGGAGGAGACUCCAUGACCCCAACCCUCAUGGUCCUGCUCUACCUUGGGCUGAGUGUGAGCCCAAGGAUCGCAGUGCAGGCAGAGACCCUCCCCAAACCCACGAUCUGGGCUGAGCCAGGCUCUGUGAUACCCCAGGGGAUACCUGUGACCAUCUGGUGUCAGGGGACACCAGAGGCCCAGGAGUACCGCCUGCAUAAGUGGGGAAACCAAGAGCUAUGGGACAAACAGAAUCCACUGGAUCCCAUGGACAAGGUCAAGUUCUCCAUCCCACACAUGGCAGAGCAAUAUGCCGGGCAAUUUUUCUGCAACUAUCUCAGCCCCGCUGGCUGGUCAGAUCACAGUGACCCCCUGGAGCUGGUGGUGACAGGAUUCUAUGGUAAACCCACCCUCUCAGCCCUGCCGAGCCCUAUGGUGACUUCAGGAGGCAAUGUGACCCUCCAGUGUUGCUCACGGGAAGGAUUUGGCACGUUUAUUUUGACUAAGGAAGGAGAACACAAGCCCUCCUGGACCCUGAACUCACAGAAACUCCCCAGUGGGCCUUUCCAGGCUCUGUUCCCUGUGGGCCCCAUGACCACCAGUCACAGAUGGACGUUCAGAUGCUAUGGCUCUUACAGGAACAAACCCCAGAAGUGGUCACACGCUAGUGACCCACUGGAGAUUCUGGUCUCAGGUGAGGAAGUCCCAGCCCUGUCCUCUCUGUGCCCCUCUGGUCAGCUCAUGGCCCUGCCCAGGAGAGCCACAGUCGUGAAUGAGAAUGAGGGGCUCCAGGUGAGGGUCAUCCAGAGGUGUCCAAUCCUCAGGUAAAUGGAGGAUAAGAGGGCCCUCUCGCCCCUGCUCCUUCCCAUUUCCCCAUCACCAGAAUUCUCCAGGUAGGUGGAGGGACAGCGUUGGGGGCCCACAGGGCAGAUGAAAGAGAAGGGAGUGAGCAGAGGUGGGGUCUCCGGGGGAACCUCCAGUAUCUCACUCUCCUCUUGUCCUUUUCCUAGGACCCACCGUUGACCCCAGUCCCUCACCCACUAGACCAAAGCUGACAGUUGGUGAGUCAUUGAGG